AUGGAGCUGAUGAUCAAGUCGAUCGUCAGCAAUCCCGCAAUCCAGGGAACCCCGUGUUCUGAUCGUCUGCUCUCGGACCGAGACAAUGUUUUCCGGAUGAUGGACGCUUCGGGAAAAUUUCCCUCAGGAAUGGCUUCGGGCAAUCUCGCCGAUCUCGGUAGUUUCGACCAAUGUCUCGCCGGUACAACGAGAGGUAGCCAUUACUGUACGGUGAUUCUUAAACCUCGCAACGCUUCCCUAUUGGACCGUAUGGCGGUUUACAACCGCAGAGUGGACUUCAAUUACGCGUCAUUUCUGGUCGGCGCGUGUGCGCCUGUCGAAUGCGGCAGCGAUCAAAUCCAAGCCGUAUAUCAGUCCGCCUUCAACGAUUGGUUCAACGCCUCUGUGGAUUCCUGUCAAUCCUCAUCCACGCCCUUGAACGUGUUUCAACAAACAUCACUGCUUUUCCUCGGCUGCUGGAUCUUCUUCCUGAUCAUCGGUUUCGUUUUGUUGGGACCAUCCGUCUCGCCCUCGGCUCGUAGGCCCUGCUCCUCGAUAGACGCAUUCAAGGCUCUAGCGACUCUCUGGGUCCUUCUGGGCCAUACCUACGCCAUAGUGGAGCCCCAUAUCGUCGGUCUCUCUCUGCGAUACUACGAGAUGCGCGACGGACUCCUCUUCUGCUUCAUCUCGAACGCCCACGUGUCCGUGGAGAUAUUCUUCUGCAUCACGGGGAUUCUCAUCGCUAAGAAAAGGACGCGUCGUACUCUCUCGGUCGCAAUAAUGGGCAUCUUUGUCCGGUACGUGAGGCUGACCGUUCCAGCCCUCUUGAUAUUGAUAAUUGCUCCCCUGUUCCCAAUCUUCUGUAAUGGUCCCGCCAGUCUGCUCAUAAUGAAACAAAGAUUUCUGAACUGCAUCAGCAAUUGGUGGACGAUUCCCACCCAUACGAAUAAUUUUCGGCCACUGCGGAGCGGGUGCCUACCUCAUCUGUGGUACAUCAGCGCAGAUUUUCAAAUCUUCAUCGUCGUCUGGACUAUACAUUGCUUGGUUGUCAGGAAAAGGUAUCGCAUGGUUCUGCUGGGUCUUAUCGGAGCAGCUUCCAUCGCAUACGUCGCGCUGGAAAGCUUGGUGUUCCAGUAUGCUCCCACUGUUAUGUCGGGAAAAACGAUUGAAGAAGUGUGGCGGGCUUCGACUGAAGUGUACCAGCGACCCUCAUGCCAUCUGGCUUCCGUGGUCGUCGGUUACAUCGCCGGGAGCCUGCACAAUAGUAAGAUGCUUGAUGCCCAAAAGCUGUCUGGGAGACGUGCGGAACUUUACGUGUUCUCGACAACCGCAAUGCUGUACGCCGUCUUGGGUGGUCACCCAUGGAUAAGCCGAUCCUGGGACUAUACGGAACGACCGUUCUAUCCGGCGUUGUACGCCGCGGUGCAUCGACCGCUCGCGGCUCUCUGCAUCGCGACAUUUUACCUAUUGAGGGAGCAUCGACGGAAGUGCAGCAAACGAGAAAACUCAAUCGGUGACGACGGAGUCAACGGAGGUUCCCUCGACUCGGACGAGAGCAGUGAGGAAGAUGUGCGCAUGAAAGGUCACGGAUGUCCAUUCUUCCCCGAGAAAUGUGCGGAUCAUUGCUUCAAGCUCGGCCAGGUGCGGUAUGCCUGCGCAGGAGCUCUUUCGAUGACUUGUGCGUGUUGA